GGCAGCGCCGGCCCCGCUCACAAGAUGGCUCCCGCGCCCGCCGGAGCAGCCCCCCGCGGGGUGGCAGCUGCUCCCCGCCAUCGUCUCGCAGCCCCUCGGUUCCCCCUGCUUCGCCUGGCUUUACUCGUUGGUACGCGGCGCCAAGCGGCGGCCGGAGCAGAAGCCGAGAAGCAGCCGCGUUUCCCACCCUGACCUCGGUUUCCUACCCAGCAGAGCCACUGGCCCCGAGAGGCCGCCCGUGUCCUGGUCACCGGCAACCCCCAGCCCAGCCGGAGGCACGCUCGGGCCUCACACCUGUGCGAGCGCAGCCUGCCGCAGCAUUGAGCGUGCCCUCGCUUUACGCGCCUCACGUUCGUGCCUGUAAGAGCAAUGGCGUCAGGAGUUAAAUGCGUGACUUGACGUUUUGGACACAAGUUCACAGACUCCCCCGCGCUCCUCACGGGCAGCACCGGUGGCAGGCACGGAGGGGAAGCCGCUGGUCAGGGAAGCGACACGGGGCUCCUGUCACACGGGCGGCACAGAGCCCGGGGCUCACAAACGUUACCGCCCGCCUGCUUCACGAGGUGAGGAGACAAACGCCAACGGGAGCGACCGCUUCCAUCAUACCGGUGCCAACACCUACAUGACAAACUACGGCCACAGCCCGCAAACGUGCGGCACGCCCCGACGCACGAGGUUUAUCCCUGACGAAAGCCCUCGGCCUCGCCCAUCGCGCUUUUCCAUUGGCUACCGGGGCAAAGCCGUGCCUCCCGGGCGCCGCUGUGGGCGGAGAAGAGGCACGGCAGCAGCAGUAGUUAUUGCGGGGCGGGUGUCACGUGACUCGCCGGAUCGUUCCCACUGCCCCUCGGACGUCAGGCACGUCACGUCCCUUGCCAGAAUGUGAUGCAACUGCUUUGUAUUUGGGACUCCUGCCUCUUCUUCUGUUUUAAUGGCGCACAUCACCAUAAAUCAGUAUUUGCAGCAAGUACAAGAAGCCAUUGACAGCAGAGAUGGACAGUUUUGUGCAGAAUUGGUAUCGUUUAAACAUCCACAUGUUGCAAACCCAAGGCUACAGCUUCCAUCUCCAGAGGAGAAAUGUCAACAAGUUUUGGAACCACCGUAUGAUGAAAUGUUUGCAGCCCACUUAAGGUGUACUUAUGCUGUUGGAAACCAUGACUUUAUAGAAGCAUACAAAUGCCAAACAGUUAUUGUCCAAUCUUUCCUGCGAGCAUUUCAGGCACAUAAAGAGGAAAACUGGGCUUUACCUAUCAUGUAUGCUGUAGCCCUCGAUCUUCGAAUUUUUGCUAAUAAUGCAGAUCAACAGCUAGUGAAGAAAGGGAAAAGCAAAGUUGGUGACAUGUUGGAAAAAGCAGCAGAACUGCUGAUGAGCUGUUUUCGAGUCUGUGCCAGUGACACUCGAGCAGGCAUUGAAGAUUCCAAAAAGUGGGGCAUGUUGUUUCUCGUGAAUCAGCUGUUCAAAAUUUAUUUUAAGAUCAACAAGCUCCAUCUAUGUAAGCCCUUAAUUAGAGCAAUUGACAGCUCAAAUCUGAAGGACGAAUAUAGUAUGGCACAGCGUGUUACAUACAGAUAUUACGUUGGACGCAAAGCCAUGUUUGACAGUGAUUUUAAGCAAGCUGAAGAGUAUCUGUCAUUUGCUUUUGAGCACUGCCACCGCUCAAGCCAGAAGAACAAAAGAAUGAUUUUGAUCUACCUGCUACCAGUAAAAAUGUUGUUGGGCCAUAUGCCAACAGUUCAGCUCUUAAAAAAGUAUGACCUUAUGCAGUUUGCUGAAGUAACAAAGGCUGUGAGCGAAGGCAAUCUUCUCCUGCUGAAUGACGCUCUGACAAAGCAUGAAACCUUCUUUAUUCGAUGUGGAAUCUUUCUUAUCCUUGAGAAGCUGAAAAUCAUCACGUACAGAAACCUCUUUAAGAAAGUGUAUUUACUACUCAAAACCCAUCAGCUAUCUCUAGAUGCCUUUCUGUUUGCGCUGAAAUUCAUGCAAGUAGAUGAUGUUGAUAUUGAUGAAGUCCAGUGCAUUUUAGCUAACCUUAUAUAUAUGGGUCACAUUAAAGGCUAUAUAUCUCAUCAGCAUCAAAAGCUUGUGGUCAGUAAGCAGAACCCAUUUCCUCCGCUGUCAACAGUGUGUUGAGUAUUGCAUCUUAUCUGUGCAAGUACUUUUCAGAUACUCAGCUUGCCCAGUGGAGCUGCUCCUAAUUGCCCCAAGAACAUUGUAAAUGACCUGGUUCAUGUCCAGGACUGGAAUACCAGGAACUUUGUGGCUCCUUUCCCAGAAUGACCAAGGCUGCCAGUGUUACAAAGUGCAUUGGAACGAAAUGCUAACUUUUCAAUGAUAGUUUCCGCAGGCUUUCUAGAUCAUUCAGAGUAUUUCAUGAAGAAAUAAAGCAUUCCAAAUUCCUUCCAAACUACUUAAAGCUUUUAUAAAGUACUUUGUGUUACUAUUUCUGCUUUUAUCUUUCAGAGAGGAGAAGUAUCAUCCUUUGUUACUUGCAUUAAUCCAUUCUUCAGAGUGGAAAAUGAUGUUUUCUUUCAUGGUUUCCAUUUUUUUAAAGUCUCUUCAAUAACCUAGCUGGUAUUAAAUACUCUCUUCAAACCUUCUCUUAAAAACUAGAGAAGCCCUUGACACCAAAAGCUGUACUGUGUCAGUGAUACUUGCACGUUCAAGUAAAUGCGGGAUUUUUGUCUAUAGGUGCCCACAGAUGGGUUGUGGGGUUUUGGUUUUUUUACUUCUGGUAAUAUUUGGUUUCAUUUUUGAACAAAAAACUUAUCUAAGUAACUUAUACUCUGUUUUAUUCUGCUGUGGGGGAAAACAGUGCCACUGGAUCUAUUAUUUUAAGUGUUACUACCUUGGGCAUUUUGUUUGUUUGGGGGCGGUGCAGUGUAACUUUGUUCAUAGUGAUGGGGUGGUAGUUUUGGGGUUUUUUCAUUAUUUUUAAAGGAAAUAAAACUUUUUUUUCCUCUCA